AGGAGGGGCUGCAUUUCGAUCAGACAUCUUGUGUUUUUUUCCUUCCCUCGCUCUAUUCUGCCAUGCUGAGUUCAUGUGAGGUGAGCUUCUGUAGAGUGGGGAAGGAGGUGCAGGAAGGGGGCUGCCUGCUCAGGAUCACCCACUGCUACUCUUCAUAUUACCACUAAUGAAGGAGGAUGCUCAAGUCAGGUUCUGCCAUAGAGGUAAUCCUUGUGUCAAUGUGAAAUUCUAUGGAAAACACAUCUCAGUGUGUGCCCCAAUAAGAUGUAUUUUUUCAGUAAUGCCUGAGGAAUAAAGAGACUAAAUGUCAGCAAUGAUAACUGAUCUUCCUGGAAUUGAAGCAUUUCACCAGAUUCCUAGAAUGAAGAUCUCUUCCACCUUCUAAAACAACAUCCUACCAAAAAUGCUUCAUGUACUAGGAAUGCCAACCACCUAGAUUCAUGCGCCCUAUCUGUACAGUUGUGGAUGGUUUACCAUCUGAAGGCACCUUAGGCUCGUUUCCUGGCCCUGUUUCUGUCUUUGAAAUGUCGAUGCUUCGUGCUUUAGACCCAGUCCAGACCUGGCUGGGACAAGAGCUGGAGAAAUGUGGUAUUGAUGCCAUGAUUUACACAAGAUAUGUUUUAAGUCUUCUGCUGCAUGAUAGCUAUGACUACGACCUUCAGGAACAGGAAAAUGACAUCUUUUUGGGCUGGGAAAAGGGAGCGUGUAAGAAGUGGGGAAAAGGCAAGAAAAAGAGUUCAGAUCUGUCCAUGGAAGAAAUGAAGAAACAGGCUGCAGUUCAGUGUCUGCUUUCAGCUUCUGAUGAAAGUUCUGGAAUUGAAACUUUAGUUGAAGAGCUUUGCUCCAAACUGAAAGAUCUCCAGAGUAGCCAAGGUGAACAGCUGAUGAUGAAUAAAGAUGAGAACACUAGCAAGACUGUAGAUGGAUUGCCAUCACCAGAAGCUACAUCAUCUCUAGCAAGAAAGGAUCAGGCUGAAAUGUAUUAUGAAGCUUUUCCACCUCUGUCAGAAAAGCCAGUUUGCCUACAAGAAAUAAUGACCGUGUGGAACAAAUCAAAAAUCUGCUCUUAUUCUAGCUCCUCCUCAUCUUCUACUGCCCCACAAACAAGCACCGAAACUCCAUCACCAAAGAAUUGCAACAGCGAGAAUGAAACCAUAGUGACCAACAAGCAUAAUGGAGCUUCUAACACUGUACAGGCAAAAAACCAUCAAAGAAAAGGCAAGAACGAGAAGGAGAACAAGUUUAGCACCCUAACAGAUCCUAAAACUGGUAUAUCAAAAAGUGUGAGGCGCAAGUCAAAUGGAAAAAUCCGCCCUCGAUCCUGGUCAUCUGGAUCGAGCGAAGCUGGCUCAAAUGGUAAUCGGGGAGAAACAAAAACACGUUUUGUAAAAGUAAGGCAAAAAAUUAGGGAUGUCCGGAACAAAAAGGGGAAAACCAGCCCUAAAACUCUGUCCAAAAACGUUGAGAGAAAAAAUGUUGCAGCUAGCAGCAGUAGUAGUGUGGGAUCUGUGAAAGCACUCUGCAAAAGAGUAAAACGUCAGAUAAAAGAAUAUGCAUGGAAAGACUUGAAUGAAGGAAAUGUCUUUGAAGAAAAAAAAAAGACAGAAUUUAGAGAGGAGCCUUUGUGGUAUACUGAACCCAUUACAGAAUAUUUUAUUCCUCUGAAUGGUAAAAGUAAGUUGGAAACUGCAUACAGAAAACAUCAGAAUUGGCAUAACAGGUCAGAAGAAAUGGAAGAGUUGUCAGAGAUCGUAAAAGAUCUUCAUUUAAAUAACCACAAUAUUCAUGAAACAUACCUCGCAGCAGGUACCUUCAUUGAGGGUCACUUUGUAGAAAUGCCUGCAGUCAUAACAGAGGCAAGUGAUCCCACAGGGACCUCUAACUGUUCUCUUCCAGAGGACAACUUUUUGGAUGAUGUUCAUCCUAUAGAAUAUACACACUUCUAUGAAGUGGAAAUUGAUCAAUCCAUGUUGGAUCCUGGUGCCUCAGAUAAGGUGAAAGGAGAAAGUCGAAUCUUGAAUAUGAUUCGACAGAAGAGCAAACUGCAAAGUGAUUUUGAGGCUGAAUCUUGCAAAGUGUUAGAAGAUAAGGAUUUGCAAUGGGGGAGUGCAAUAUGGACAGAGUCAACCAGUUCUAUUGGUGCUGAAGAUUUGUUCUUGCAAGACCAUAGUAAAUUAGCUCAAUUUUGGGAGUCCUAUUCACCCUCCAGCUCAGUAGACGCAGAUGGGGAGAGUUUAGGAGGUGACUCCCCCAGUACCCUUUCCCCUUUUUUAGACAGCACAAUGCUUAGUUCUCACAUGCAUGCAGGCAAUCAAGAUUUAUUUUUGGAUAGAAGUGGCUCUUAUUUUUCAGUGUUUGAAGUGCAAUGCAGUAACUCUGUACUUCCGCUGCCCAGGGAGCGGAUGGUAACGGAAAGAGGCAAAUCAGAGUCUUGUUCCAGCAUGAAUAGGUUUGGGAAAACUCAGUCACGAUUACUUAUAUGGACCAAAAACAGUGCCUUUGAUGAAAACGAACAGUGUUCAAACCUCUCAACUAGAACAUGCAGUCCGUGGUCACAUUCAGAUGGAACACGAUCGGAUACAGAGGCUAUGAACAGUCAUUUAGAAGAUUACAGUCAGUUAAAUGCAGAAGACUCAGAUUACAUAAUUCCUAGAGUUUCCUUAACCUUCCAACAGAAUAUCCCUUGUACAACAUCAAGAAACCCAUUUAUGCAGAACAGGACUUUGACUGAAGAAUCAGGGCUGGUUUUGGGGAAAAAAUCUAAGCUGGAGUCACUUUGCGGCAUUCAGCUUGAACAGGAAAAUGAGGAGAUGUGUGACACUAUAGAGGCUGAGAGCAACAACAGCCAUCAUACACAUGGAUACAGCUCAGGGGUCAUCAAAGACAUUUGGACAAACAUCGAAGACCAUUCUGAAAGAGCGGAGGACCAGAUCUUCCCACUAGAUGUAAAUGUUUUUGGUUGUCAUGAAGCUAAUGCGACAUGUGAUGCUUUUCAGGAGCCCAGUAAGGCCGUUCAGAGGUCUGAGUAUCAUCUUUGGGAUAGUCAAAAAGAUCUUGCAGAAAAGCGAACCUUUCUCUCGAGUGAUUCAUUAAAGAUUGACAAUGGAGAUUACACAACUCCAUCCAGACCCUGGGAUAUUAACCAUGUGAAAGAAAACUCAUUCAUUCUUGGAGGCGUUUAUGGUGAGUUCACAAACGUCAAUGGCGAGGAUGAGUGGGCACUGGCACCGCAGAGUCCAGCAAAAGCAAGCCUACCGGAAUGUGCUGCCUCUGAUGUCGUUACGAUAGCAGAAGCAGAUGUCUUUAUGACUCCAGGAAACAGUUUUGCUCCUGGCCAUAGGCCGUUGUGGAGACCAUUUGUUUCAUUUGAAGAUGAGCAUAGGGAAGAUAGAAGCUCAAACAAAGGUUUUUCUUUCAUUUUGCAUGAAAAUUUGCUUGGAACGUGUGAGAAUUUUCAGGUUGAUGAACCAGGAAUGGGCUACUCUUUCUCCUCUUAUGAGCUGAACAAUAGAUUUUCACAGGUUCUUCAUGUUGAAUGUUCAUUUGAACCUGGAAGUAUCAUUACCAGUAGUCCUAAUUACAAACCAAAAGCCUUGUGUUCAGAGUCAGGUGAUGGAAAUCAUCCAAGGAUUUGUGGAGUGGAAAGAACACAGUACAGAUCGAUAAAAAUCUCUCCACGCACUCACUUCCGCCCAAUAUCUGCAUCUGAACUUUCUCCAGGAGUAGGAAGCGAAUCCGAUUGUGAAUCGGAGAAAGAUGAGGUAGCUGCACCUACUCUUUCUGAGGGAGAAGUGUUUGAGGAUCCUCAGGAUGAUCUUAAACCGCUUGAAGAAGAUGCUGAAAAUGAAGGUCAUUUUUAUGGAAAGUCUGAGCUUGAAUCUGGGAAGUUUCUGCCUAGAUUGCAGAAGUCUGGCAUGGAGAAAAGUGCACAGACUUCUUUAGAUGGUCAAGAAGAAUCCUUUGGAGUUUUGCCUUUAGAGAAACGUCACAAUUUAGACUUUAGAGUUAUAGAGUCGUUUGAAAGUGAAGUGACGGAGAACUCUAAAACAAAUUGCAAGAUGUUGGAAAGAGAAGUGGAUAAAAUAGGAGACCUGACUUUGGGAUGCGACUCUACAUCUUGUGUGGAAAAGGAAGAGUAUCCUCCUUUAAGCAUCAAUCUUCAGGGAGUAAACGCUGCAAAGGAAAAACAGUGCUGGUGGCAGAAAGCACUGUACUCUCCAUUGAUCUCUGGACCCUGCUGUGACUCUUUCUACGCAAAUGGUAAUGAAGAAGGUCACAUCGAUCACCCAAGUGGGAAAGAUAUCCCUUGCGCUGGCUGGCUUCCUCUGGAGAUUGAGAAAAUGUCUGCAUGUAACAAUGCCAAAGUUGCCAUUGGAUUCACUGGUGGAAUAAAAACCAGUAGCUUCAGGAAGAAGAUUUACUCGAGUGACAGCUCCAGUUCUGACACUGCUUCUGAUGGCGGACAUGAGUGGGCUGAUAUUUCCAGAGAGGAACUCUUCUCUCGCACUCAGCUGUGAUCGACAUCAUCUUUAGCUGUAGCUGUGAAAGAUUAGCGUGCUGAGACGAAAUCCCUACUGUCUGUCUGUUUCCCCUAGGGUCCUUGAACAUCUUUAGUUGCCACUUCUUCGGUGUGUGUGUUUGUUUUAAAAUUUUCCUUUUUUUUUUUUUUUCUCUCGUUUUGCAUUUGAGGUGAGCGAUCUCAUCAAACAUUCAUUUCCUUUUUUUUUUUUUUUUUUUUUCUCUCUCUCUCUGGCAAGCUGUUAAACUUCACCUAGUAUAGGUAGAAUAGCUUUUGUUGUCAUAUGAAUGGAGGUGCUUGUGUUUUGUAAAAUCACUACUUUGUGCAUCUUAUUGGCAUACUCUAUUUAUGUAAGUUUUAAUUUUUUCUUUUUAGCUAUAGCCAGAAUUGCCAUCUGAACAGAGUAGAACCUUCAGCUACUUCUGCCAUUCAGGCACUUUAGGCUUCUGGAGUCUCAAAGAACGAGGACAUAAAUAUGUAACACUGUAAUCAAUCCGUGCCUUUCUGAAUGCAGGAGAGUAGCAUGAAUGACACUUGCCCAUUCUUUAUUUGAAAAAAAAAAAAGUGUAAAAAAAAAAAAA